AUGCCUCCAUCUAGAGGCAUUCGAUGCAUUGAUCUCGAUUGUGAAGAACGCCUAUGCUCUGUCAUCGCUCUUCGCGCUCACGUGGCUCUGUUUCAUGGAAAAUUCCUGAAUUAUAAUGUGGCGAUGAGCAAUCGAUAUGAUGUUUCGAUAUCUACCCUUGGUGCUUGCAUGGACUUGCUGAAAAAAGAUACGAGAAGUCGAAUGGCGAGAUUUGUUGAUAUCGAGCAUGGUUUGCCGUUUGAUGGAAAACUACCCAGAGUGAAAAGACCAAUAACGCCAAUGAAUCGAAAACCUCAUUUGAUUGCACAAAAACCGCAAAUCCUUCCAAUUUAUGUCGACAAACGAGUUGACAAAAAUAUGUUCGAUUGCGGAAUUUGCCAUAUGAAAUCGUAUGGUGAAGCGACAUUUAAGACGCAUUUCAUUCGAACCCACAUUUUUCCAUGUUUGGCGUGUUGUCGAUGCUUUGCGACAAAAAUUGACAAAUCUCGACACUUUUGCUCGAGCAUUUUCGAUCGUGAGUUCCUCGCGACGAUGCUGAGCGAUUCAUUAACGCCAAUCACAUUUUCAGCAUAUAUUUUGAGUAAUGGAACGGUUCCGUCGGUCGAAUGCGAGAAUUGUCGUGUACGAUUGCGUCUGACUGAGAUGUAUUCGCAUUUUCUCAACGCCCACUUCCAUCUUCUUCGUUACAUCGUUGAGAGUGGCGAGAUUUUGCCGCACGGCGUCAACGCGAGAAUUGACAACGUGCGUAUGAGCAAUGGAGCGAUUGCGGAAGCGGUCGACAUCAAUUUGGACAAAAACGAGGAUUUCCAAACGGAACGUUGUCGAAUGGUGCGCGGACGCGAGGAUUUGAGGGCGUCGGUGAUGAAUGUGGCGGAUUAUAAUGGAAAAUUGCUCGUCACGCCGCCCAUCGGAACCUAUUUGUACACGAAAGCGGCGAAAAAAUACCAGGCCGACAUUCGACUAACGUGCUAUCUUUGCGAAAUGCCGUUUGACACCACCGCUGAUCUCGACGAACAUCUCGAAAGACAUCCUGAAAAAUGGAAGAAUUGCCCGUUCUGCAAAGUAAAAAUCACAGGGCAUUAUGAUAUGCAAAAACAUCUUCUGCAUUUCCACACGACUCGCCAAUUUGGUUCAAUGUUUUGCAAUUUCUGUGGUACUAGCGUGACAAAAGCGGCUUGCUCGCACAUGAUCUACCAUUGUCGCGAAUCGAACGCGUGCGGAAUUUGCGGAGCGAAACAGGCGAGCUAUGACACGUUGAUUGCUCACAUGAAGAAGGCGCAUCUUGAUUUGUUGAGAAGAUAUCAAUGCAAUAUGUGCGGACAAUACUUUAUUACGCUCAACGAGUUUCGCGAGCACGUUUGCCGAAUGGCGGCGACGAUAUAUUGUUGCGUUUGCAGCAAUGGAAACCGUGUCUUCACUUCUGCUGCUGAUUAUUGCGAUCACUUUGAUUUCUUCCAUGUUGAGAGGAAUUUGGUUUGCUCGUUGUGCAAACAGCCGCAGAACACGGAAGCGAACAUGGCGAGACAUCGAAUUGUGCACAUGCAUCGUGUGACGCCGUAUCUCAGCCGUAGACCCUACGUGUUGCCGAGAUGGAUGAAUGUGAAUAAUCGCGAUCUUGUUCCGGCCUGGCAGCGAUCGACAAAUGGAACGGCGCUGCACGGUUCACGCGCUGCAAAUAUGACGGCUCGGUCUCGUGGACCACCACAACCCGGAACGAUUGCCGCUUCUUUAGAGAAAAUUAUCAAUAGCGCUACUCCAUCACCGCCAUCAAUGGAUGAGCCGCCAGGCCUUGUUGACAUUAAUGACGAUGCCGAUGACAUUGUUGUGGUGACGGUUCCCGCACGAAAUGGAUCGCAAAAUGGCCCGAAUGCGAUUCAAAAUCGAUCGGUUACUGUGAAAUAUCGAUCGGUUCCGUUUCAAAACGGUUCGUCUGCGAUUCAAAAUCGAACAGCUGCGAUUCAUAAUGGGCCGGCUUCAAUUAAAACUCGAUCGGUCCCUUCUCAAAAUGGCUCGUCAUGUAUUCAAAAUGGUCUCCUUCCCGUGCGAACUGCUCGUCAUUCCCAGAAUUCUCAUUCCGCUCAAAAUGCUCCGCCAAGGCUUCAGCCGUCUGUUGCUAACGGCGCAUCGUUGUCGUCGCAGAGCUCGGUAACAGCGAACGUUCGAAGCGAGCGUGUCGAAAAGGAUUCUGCUGGCGCCAACGUGCCGGGAUAUGUUCCGGAUGCUGAUGAUGAUGAUAUUGAUGAGAUUGAUUCAUCGAAGGCGAUUGAGAUUGAAGCGGUUGCGCCGAAAGUAAUCGAAGUUGUUGAUGAGAAUGGGGACGACGAGCUGGCGGUGAUUGCCGAAGUUGAAAAAUCGUCUGGUGUUGCGAUUACGUCAGUAAGCACGAGAGAGAAGAAAUUCAAAUGCACGAGAUGCUCAAUGGCGUUCAUGACAAAAAAGUCGCUUACUGCUCACAUGUCGUCGCAUGCGCAUGAUUUGCCGUCAAGCACGUGCUCGGAAAUUUUCGGAUUGCCAAAAGAGUGCAACGGCUACGUGUGCAGAAACUGCUCGUUGGUAUUUGAGAGCAAGCCGAAGUAUGACGAGCAUAUGAGAUAUCAUGGUCCAAGUACGGGACUGUCUUGCCAGAAAUGCUCGGGAAUCGCGUUCAAUAAUGGAAUGUUGGGUCAGCAUAUUCAUGCGCAUAAUCUUAAUUCGAUUGUCUUUUCGUGUGGAAUUUGUCUUCUCAAGUAUCCGAAUGAUCAUUAUCUUAUGGAGCAUCUCUACACUGUACACAAAGUUCCCUAUUUUGCAUUCUGCAAGAUUUGUGGAAGAGGUUCGACGCGUCUUGAUUCGGUUUAUAGACAUGUCACGGAACACAUGGUCACGGAUAUGAGUGUCAUACAGCGAAUUGGAACAUCGCCAGCGGCUCUUUUCAACUAUGAGCCUCUCGAUGUGGCCAAGCAUAAAUUAAUUUUGGCAUCUGGAAGGCUUCAAGUGAUCGAGCCUUCGGAUUGCACUCAUCGAAGCUCGUUGCUGUCGACGGAUGGAAUGCUUGUUGCUUGCAAAAAGUGCUUCUGCAUGACAACCUUUUUGAAUUAUUUGACGUCUCUAACUGAUGCGGAGAAAGAAAAUGUUUCUUGGACGUUUGGAGAAUUGGAAAAACCGCAGUCCCCGCUUUUCAGCGUCUUCCCGCUUUAUUCGCAUUUGUCGACGGAGAACCAGUCGCAUUUGCAGACGCUCGUAGCGCCCACUCAGCAACAAAUCAAUCCAAUGCAAGGGACCACUGUUCGGCAUGCAGUUAUGGAAUCGCUCGGCGUCUCUGGCAGAUCAUAUAUUCGGCGUCCGGCUUCGACAAUGAUAGGCGGCGCAUUUCCAUCGCUUCACCAAGUUCCACGACAUCGCGCCGUCAUUACGAAUCAGCCGCCUCAGCUUACGCAGGCUUUCCAAUCGUCCGUCACCGACGGUCAUCAAACUCAUCGAGUCGUAAUGAGACCGGCAUGGCAGUCACAGUCGGCUGUCGCUCGAGCCACUGCCAGCGCAUCAAACUCGACAAACUCAAUCAUGGAGCAGGUGAAUGGAAAUCGGCCGGAUGCUUGUAUUGUGUGUCAGGCGACUCUUUCGACGGAAUAUGAUAAGCUGAAGCAUUUGAUGCAUACGAAGACCGAACAUAAAUGGUUCUGCACGAAUUGCGCGUUUUCGGCUGUUGAUGAGAUGUCGAUUGUUACGCAUUAUUAUCGAUUGCACAUUGAGCCGUUAUAUAUGCAGAAAAAGUUGGAAAAAGGGCCCGAUUGCGGAUUCAAACCGAUCGUGUUCGAUUUGCGAUGUCCGAAAUGCCGAGGAAUCACAUUCAAUACGCUGAAAUUGUUCGAGAGACAUCUUGCCUCGCACACCGACAUUUUGCCGUACGUUGCUGAAUGUGGAACAGCGUUCGCCACCGAGGCCAAGAAGUUUGAGCAUGAUCAGAAGCAUCAGGAAUGCAAUGAAUGCUGUAUAUUGUGCGGAACAACUGACCUAUGGGCGGUGCCGAAGUCCGCUUCGACUCCAUUCGUCCUUUCUCAUGUGAUCCGACAUGGUCUUGAUUAUCAUUCGUCUUGUCGAGUAUGCUUUGUUCGAUUCUCGGAUGACACGACGUACGCGAAACUGUUUGAUCAUUAUAAGAACAUGCACGCGACGGUUUAUUCGGCGAAGGAUAAAUCGCUAAUGUGCAAGGCUUGUGGGGUGAUUGUGAGCAGCAUGUUCGAGUUGCUGACACAUAUGAAAACGAAGCACACGAUGAACGUUAUUUCGCGAUCGUCAGCUUCGAAGGAAGGAGAGUUCUAUGUUCGAGCUAACACGCAAAUGUUCAGUUAUUUGGGUCUCAAUAGGAAAAUGCAAAUUUGCACUGAAAAGGAUGAGACUAGCGAGUCUCCCUCGUCACCAGCAUCUUCAAAUCAGCCAUAA